CAAACAUCCACAAAAACCUCCCCCAUUGACGCUUCCCGAGUGACCACCACGAUCAUCCGCUGCCCAACCCGACGGCCUUCUGCCUGUCGACUCACUCUUACCCUCUGAUGAACGUCACGACGCCUCGACACAAGUAACAACACUAGACUCCUCUUCCCUCAUUUGUUUCCUUCACCCCGCCACCAUGUUUAUGAUCAAGAAUGUCAGCAAAUAUCUCUUUGGUGAUUCAUCCAAGCAGGUCAUCACCGAGAUCCCCCAGGGUCAACUCUACAUCGUCCGCCCACUUUCCCCAAAAGGUUACUCCGAACUUAUCUACAAAGAUGCAAUUGCCACAAUCCGGAGGACUGGUCAAGAGUUUCACUACCAACUAGUCAUUCAACGUGCCUAUGAAGAAGGCGAAGACGAACUUGCAGAAGACGAUGAUGAGCAAGGAGUUGAUGGCUUGGACAAGGACGAAAAAACAUUUCUUCUUGACGAAAGCCUCCACUUUAGGUCGGGAGAGAGAGAGGGUGGCGAAUCUGUGCUUGCAUGGCGCGACUUGAGUGGUGAUCCUGGCGACCUUUACGAAUUUGUCUGCGACCCUUCCGUUCCCGGCGACAAGAUUCAAACUUUCGUUAUAGGUGCGGUUGACGCUCAAUUCGAACGCAAGUACCGCAAGUCCGCCCACACUGCCACCGAGGCUCAACUUGAAGCUUUCAAAUUCGACUCCGAUGACAGUAUUCCUCUCGCCAGCUCUGUCCCAGACCUUUCGGAGUCUAAGCCAAGUUCGAAAGAGACUGCCGAGCGCAUGGCAAAAGAUGUCAAGUCUCCAAAAAAGACACAUGAUACUUCGCAUCACGCUGCCUCUUCAGCACCUACGGAAGCCCCACAAUCGCGCGCUGCCCCUCAAGCGGUGUCUGAGGUCUUGACAAGACAAUCCGGAGAGCUGCACUUGUUCGACUUCGCCAGUGGGUCAUUCAUAAUGCAAGCACCUUCCGUGACAGCGGUCGUGAGCGAUCUAGGCAACUGGAAGUAUUGGUUACAAAUUACCAGUUCUGAUGGUAGAGAGUGGCUCGGGCAGGAAAUCGUUGCAGACAUCAAUCCCGUCUUCAACUUUGAGUACUUGUCAGCCAUCUUCAAUCACUAUACUGAAGACGGGUCUGCAUACUCCUGGCUUCUACGGUUCCGCGACCAGGCUACACUCGAAGAAUUCCAAGAAGGUAUCAUGCAAGCCUUGUGGGAACAGCUAAACGAAACCAAAUGGGCAAAGGUGAAGGACCAAGACCGGGACUAUGUGAUCGAAGCCUUCAAUGACCUGACCAUGGAUGACGCACCUCAAGUCGAAGAAGAGGACGAGGAGGAAGACGAGGAAGACGAAGCCCAGUCUCAAGGCGGCCAACAAAGUGAGCACUAUGAUUCUGAUGAAUCUGAAGACGAUGUUGAAUUGGGCAACGGCGACGGCAACGUCAACUCUCAGCUUGCUGUUGGUACCAAACAUGACCGAUCAUUCGUCGUUCGCGGGUCCAAAAUCGGGGUCUUUAAGCACAAUCCGAAUAGGCAUCUCGAGUUUACGACAAACAUCUCCAAGAUCGAAACACCCAAAGGACGUGCACUCAAGCCUGGCAAAGUCAUGCUUCAUGCCGAAGAUCAAAACAUGAUUCUCCAAGAUGACGCGAACCCCAAUUCAUUGUUCCAUAUGGAUCUUGAAUAUGGUAAAGUCGUGGAUGAAUGGAAAGUCGACGAUGACAUUCCCAUCACCAACUUUGUACCAAAUUCCAAGUUCUCGCAGCAGACGGCCGAACAGGUGUUCCUUGGUCACUCUAAGAAUGCCAUGUUCCGUAUCGAUCCUCGCGUGACGGGGAACAAAUUGGUGAGGGACAAUCUCAAGCAGUAUGCAUCUAACAAUGGAUUCUCCGCCGCUGCCACCACCGACAAAGGCUACAUUGCAAUGGCUUCCAACAAGGGAGACGUUAGACUAUUCGACAAGCUUGGCUUGAAUGCGAAAACUCAUCUUCCCGCCCUGGGCGAAGCCAUUAUUGGACUGGAUGUCAGUGCCGACGGACGCUGGAUUCUGGCUACCUGUCGCACAUACCUCCUCCUUGUUGAUGCUCUACAGCAAGAUGGCAAAAAUGAGGGCAAACUCGGGUUUGAAAAGGCAUUUGCGAAAGACAGUAAGCCGCGCCCACGUCGAUUGGGUCUGACCCCCAGUCAUGUCGCUCAAUUCCAACACGAGACGGGAGUACCGUUAUCAUUUACCCCAGCCAGAUUCAACGCCGGGCCAGACACGCAAGAGACAAGCAUCAUCACAUCGACAGGUCCAUUCCUCGUGACCUGGAAUCUUAAGAAGGUGCUUGGUGGCAACAAAGAUCCUUACCAUAUUAAACGUUACAGCGCCGAAGUCAUGGCAGACAAUUUCGAGUUUGGUUCUGACAAGAACGUGAUUUUGGCACUGCCCAACGAAGUGGACAUGGUUAGUCGGAAGAGCUUCAAGAAACCAACGCGGGAGAGCAUCGCCGGCCCUGCUAUAAGACUGAGCGGAGGUGCUCUCGCUACACCUAGGCGGGGGACUAGACAGUCACAUCUUCGAGAGGAGAUUGUGAAUAGUCCAUACUAAGCCCGGAAGGGCUUCGAGGCUACGACUUAGGUGUUGUUGCCCGAUGGCGAAUCUUGUUUCAUUGACCGAGUGCAUCAUGCAGAGGCGUUCAGUCUACAGUACAGGAAAUGAUCUAUUAUGAACGUGGAAGGCGACACUGCUCACCGUUUGCUUGUGUCGAAGAAUGAUACCCCUGAUUGGAUGAAUUGGUCAAAGGAUCACGCUAAGGGAGACGAGAAUACGGACUGCCUGCAACACUGGUACAGCACUGAAUUUUGAUUGUCUUCUUUGAUACCAUGAUUUUGUCUUUGUACGCGUAUGGCUGGGAUCGAUUCUUGACUUGUCAGUUGAUGGCGCCUUAUCUGGACUGGGCGGUCCAUUACGGCACACGCACCAAUGUCCAUAUAAGGUGAUAGGUAGAUUUUUAGAUAGUCAAUACCAAUGGCCAUUCC